GGAGAGACUAGACAGAAUUGGGGGUGUUUGAAACGUGAGUCCUCUUUUCUGACAACCAGCUUAUGCUUUUCACCUAGUCCAUUGUCACUUUUUAGAGUGGUUUAUCUUGUGUAAGUAGUCCUGUAUUUCUUACCAUUCCAGCCCAGUGUGAAUGCUCAGAGCUCACUGUGCGUGGGGUUCUGUGCUGCAUCUGGUGCAGGCAUUCAUCAGUACCUCUUCUUGGGACCAGGUUACACUGCUGGUUUGUGUAGAGCCAGGAUUUGAACCUGCGUGGGGUGGCCCUACACCCAUUUCCCUGGCCAGUGUACUCUACUGCCUCAGGGUAUAGCCUGAGAAUUUCUCAAGAGACAGAGAUUUUAGCCUCCUGGGCCCUAGGAGUAGUUAUUGUUUACCCACAAUGGGUCACUGAUCAGCUGCUCCUUGGACUCAAGAGUAGUUAAGUCCCUUGCCGUGCCCUGGUCGCAGUGCGUGUGUGUGGCCCAGUCCCUGGGGAAUGAGAGAUGUGGAUGACCCCACUCAGGGAUGCGCUGAAAGCGGAAAGGAUAUCAUAUGCAAGACAUUUUAAAACUGUGCAACAUAGGGGUCCCUUUCCUGUGGCCGGUGACAUCCUCGACCCAUAUUCUGGGUGUCCCCUCCUGGGUAUCCAGGGUGAUACCUAGUAAUUAGAAGGCUGUAGACGAGUGUGAAUUCAGAGCAGAGGGAGGUGGUCCUCGGCGGUGACGUAUGUUGCACUGAGGCCUGUGAGCCCCUAAGUCUCUGUUUCUUUCCUCAGAGGAUGCUGGGCACGUACUGGCAGGUUUUCUUUUUUCAGUUUAGCUACCUUCUGCUGUUGACACUUCCUCCCUUAAAUGUGUCAUUACAAAUUCACUUCAGGGAGUCUCCAUUCCUAGGGGCUUGGAAAGAUUUUCUGUGUCCUCCUCUUCUGUAGGAGUUGACUUAUUUUAUUUAUUUAUUUAUUUAUAAUUUAUUUAUUUAUGGCUGUGUUGGGUCUUCGUUUCUGUGCAUGGGCUUUCUCUAGUUGUGGCAAGCGGGGGCCACUCUUCAUUGCGGUGCGCGGGCCUCUCACUGUCGCGGCCUCUCUUGUUGCAGAGCACAGACGCGCAGGCUCAGUAGUUGUGGCUCACGGGCCCAGUUGCUCCGCGGCAUGUGGGAUACUCCCAGACCAGGGAUUGUACCCGUGUCCCCUGCACUGGCAGGCAGAUUCUUAACCACGGCACUACCAAGGAAGCCCCGAUAAUUUCCUGUUAAAAUGUGGCAGUGUUCAUGAAUUAGUCUUUCAAAACUAACAACCCUCGCGCACCCUUGUUUAUAUAUUCCAGGUACCGGUUAGGCACGGAGGAUACACGGGUCAAAGGCAGCCCUGGGAGUUGAGACAGGGGACAGAGGGCAGGCCGGGUGGCCACGGGAUUCGCGCUGGGGCAGAGGGAAGCCCAGGAAGUGACCUUGGCAGCUGCUCUCAAAGGACCUGUGGAAUCAGCCGUGUGAAGGCGAAGGAGAAGGAGGCUGCGGGCAGAGGGAGCCCCUGUGUGCUGCCAGCAGUGGGCCGGGAGUGGCCGGCCGCCAUCAGCCCUCUGGAGCUGGCUCAGCACUCAGCUGUAGGGUCUGGGGGGGAGGGGUGUCAGGUAACGUGGCGGCCUGUCACCCGCUUGGCUGACUUGGAGCAGGCUGCUCACCCCUUCCAGACAAGCUGAAAACUACAUUGUCCUUGUGACUCGAGCCUUUGAUGAUUGUGGAGUCACCUUAUGUCCAGGAAUCCUUUUUUUGUCUUAAAGUCUGUUUUGUAUUCUUAUAGCUGUAGGAGCCUCCUUUUGGUUAAUUGCUUGUCGUAUAUUUUUCUUUAACUUUUGACUUUUUUGUAUCUUUAUCUUUUAGAUGUGUUUUUUUAAAUAGCAUCAUUUUUUUAAAUCAGUCUGUCAGUCUUUGUACUUAACUCAGACACUUGGUCUGUUAUGAUUGACGUAAUUACUGUUAUAUUUGAGUUUAAAUCUACCAUCUUACUGUGUUUUUCUAUACUGUGUUUGCUGUACCUGAUCUGUUGUUUUUUUUUUUUCUCCUCUCUUGGCUUUUUUUGGACUGAUAAUUUUUAUUCUUUUUCUUUCUGUAAAGAUGUUUGGGCAUUAUACACAUUAUUUAUGCUGUAAAUUUUUUUAAUUUCACUUAUUUUGACAUAAUUUUAGAUCUUAAAAUAGUUGCAGGAAUAAUACAAAAGUUCUUCUAUACCUUCAUCCAGAUUCCUCAAAUAGUAAUAUUUUGCUGCACUUGCUUUAUCAGUUUCUCUCUCACUCUCUGUUCCCAGCUCCUCUCCUCUUUCUCUCUCCAUACACAUUUUUUUUUCCUUAACUGAAACCAAUUUGCAGACAUGAUGUUCCUUUACCCCUAAAUACUGCAGUACAUCUCACAAACAAGAACAGUUUUUUACGUAACCACUGAAUCAGGAAAUUGACAUCAAUACAAUGCUGUUAUUUCAUUUACAGGUCUUACUGUGAUUUUGCCAAUUGUUCCUUUAUAGAAAGUUUGGAAAUACCGUCCUUUAUGGGAGAAGAGUAACUUGAAUCAUGUGUUGCGAUGGGCUGUGCUGGCUCUUUCAUCUAACCCGGAACAGUUCCUCAGUCUUCUUUGUCAUGACGUGGUGUUUUCGGAGCCCAGGGCGUUCUGUGGAAUAUUCCUCAGUUUCCAGUUGUUUGCUCCUCCUCCUGAUUCAUUUCAGAAGUGCUGCAUUCUUCCCUGCAUCACAUCCGGGGCACUCGUGGCUGCUGAUGUGAACUUGCCUCACUUGGUGAAGGUGGUGUCUGUGUUCUCUCCCCUAUAGUCACUCUCUCUUCCCUUUGUAAGUCAGUAUCUGUUGGGAGAUACUGAGAUGAAAUAAAUACCUUUUAGUCCUCAAACUUUCACCCACUCAUUUAGCCUGCAUGGGUGAUUCUUGUGUGCGUUUUUAUUAUGCUAGUUGACAAAUGAGUUUUAUCUAAUUUCAUUAUUCUUUCUAUGUUCAUUAGAUACCUGCCUGCUGUCGGAAAGCUGUGCCCCACCCCCCAUUUUUAAAUGUGCUCUGUUGUUUCCUUUUAGACUCUAGUGCAGCUUAUGAUAGACCUUCUCAGUCUGUGUGUCACUGCUCUCCUCUCUUGCCCAUCUGUCUCUCCAUACUACUUUCUAGAUAAUUUCUUCCGGUUUGUCCUUUCGUUUACUAAUUCUUCCUAACCUGCUGUUAAAGAGACUUCAGUUGAUGUGUUUUUAUCAUUCCUAUAAAUUCUUUCUAGUUCUUUUUCAAAUAUGCUUGCUAAGUUAUGUGUCCAAGUCCUUGGCAAGUCAUAAGGCUUGCCUUUCUCUCCUUGAAUAUAAUAUUUGAUUUAUAAUGAGUGUCCAUCAAUUGCACUGUCUGUUGGCUACAAGGUUUUCUUUCUGUUGUUUGUUGAUUUUCAUUGGUUCUUGUUCAUGUUGUCUUGUUUUCUGAAAGCUUUAUUUUCUUGUGUGGUGGUCACUGUUCUUGAAAAAUUCUUCAAAGGAAAAAUUUAAGGCGUAGGAUAAAGGUACCUUACUCCAAAAUACUCUGAAGUAUUUUGAAGCAGAUUCAGUUCUCAUGUUAUUUCAUCCGUACAUCACUAGGCAUUAAAAACAUACAUUUUCUAAUAUAAUUAUAAUACCACUAUUACACCUAACAGAAUAAUUCUUUGGUAUCAUGGAAUUAUUCCAUGUUCAGAUUUCAUUUUCCUUUUUAACAUUGGCAAGUUAAAAUCAAAAUCCAAACAAGGUACACACUUCUUACUGUUACAUACUUUAAGUCUCUUUUAAUCCAGAGUAACCCAUCCUUCUUUCUUUUUUUUCCCCCAUUGACUUUUUAAAGAUGUGGAGCCAUUUGUCCUUUAGAAUGUCCUUCAUUUUAGAUUUAUCUCUGUUUCCUUGUGGUCACAUUUAACAUGUUUUCUGUCACCAGUAUUUCUGGUAAACUGAAAUUUAUCUUUAGAGACUUUAGAUUGAUUUAUUAAUGUUUUUGGCAAGAAUACUUGAUAGUGCUUUGUCUUGUCACCUCAGGAGGCACGUAUGUCUCAUUGACUCGCUCUAGGUGAUGCAAAGAUCGAUUGGUGGGGUCAGGGGUGGCAGUGUGGUAUUGUGAAGUUUCCCAUCAGUCCUUCUAAUGGUUUCAUCAAUUAUGACCUUCCCCUCGGCCAGUUAUUUCACAGCAUCUACAAAGUGGUGACUUUCUAACCCUAUCAUUCUUUCCAUUUUUGUAGCAGGAAUUCUCUGAAAGAAUUUACAGAAUCCUUCUCUAAAAAAGAACAUUUCUUUAUCAACAGAACCAUUUGGUUACCCAGAGACACAAUUUGUUUAGGGAUGGCAGGUCCAUGCUUAACUCUUUCUCUUUAAUUGCCAGUUUUCACUAAGGAGAUGAUGCCCUAGUUACAUCCAUUGGUGACAGCAGUGAGUUUUCAUUUGAUUUUUUUUCUUUUUGCUAAUUUGAGUAUGAUUAAAAAACUCGUAAAUCUUAAUACUGUUUACAGUUAGUUUCAAUCAUUUGCAGUCAGUAUUCUUUUAGAGGGUUUCAUUGUCCCAGCCUUAGCCAAAGGGAGCCUUUCAGCUUGGCUCUGAGGCUUUUUGGAAAGACUCUGUUAGUCUUAGCUGGCUUCCUGGCUUCCUUGCUUCAGGGCCCAAGAAGAUAGUCUCUGCUCAUUUGAGUAUUUCCCGUCCCAGAUCUGGAAUCAACCUUUUCUCCAGGAGCCUGUAUCUUUUCGUAGGGAGUGUGCUCAGGGACCACAGUUGAUACUGGAAUGUCAUUACUUCUGGGCUGUUUCAGCAGGCAGACCUAGGGAUCUUCGGAAAGGAAAAAAAUUUAUUAUUCAUGUUGAUAUUUCCAAUUCAAAUUACAGAGUUUAAAAGAUUUAUUUUUUUGAAAUUACUCUUUUUUGGGUGGAAGUAACCCAGUUGUUCACUAAGAGAUGAAUGGAUAAACAAAAUGGGGUGUGGGUGUGUAUGUAUAUAUUCAAUCUUAAAAAGAAAUGAAUUCUGACACAAGCUACAACAUGGGUGAACCUUGAGGACAUUAUUUUCAGUGAAAUAAGCCCGUCACAAAAGGACAGAUCCUGUAAGGUUCUACUUACGUGAGGUUCUGUUACUGAACCAGGUUUGUUCACCCAACGCGCAGCAAGCCAAAUGCUGAGACGCUGCAGUUUGUAGCGGAGAAAGAGUUUAUUCACGAGACAGCCAAGUGAGGAGAUGGGAGAACAAAUGUCGGAUCUGUCUCCUCGCAGGUGAGGGACUUGACAUAUUCACGGGAUAAAGAAGCAGGGAGGUCUAAGGUGUGGGGAAGUGAUUGGAAGUAGGGAAAAGGUGAGGUAAUCAGUGUUCUGUGCAGGCGUAUCAGGGUACAUGCUUCUUCGUGGGAUAUGUGUUCAAAAAUGGAGACACUUAGCAUGAUCCGAGGGUGGAGGUUUUGGCCCUCUGACAUCAGGCGGUCAUUCAUCAGACACGUGUGCAGGCCCAGUUUUUAGGGUCAGCGGUCCCAACCGGUCUUGACUGCCUUGAACUGGACAAGAGCUGACUCUAGGUUUCUGGAAAUCAGCUUAAGUGCCCAUUGAUAUAGUGACCCAUACGUCCGAGGUGUAACCUAUAGGGGACAGUUAGUAACUCAGGCAAAGCUUGGUCACUGAGGGCGGGUUCAGGCAGGGGUUUACCAGGCUGUCCCUGGGCUGCUGCUCUGUAAGACGAGCUCGAGAAUUCCUGUUAGUCAACACUGUCUGCUAACCCUAUGGAACAUGGUUUCCGUUCCUAGAGUAGUCAAGAUCAUAGAAAGUGUGGUCCAUGCUGGUUGUCAGGGAGUCGUGGUAGGAGGAGGAUGGGAAGUUACUGCUCAGAGGAUAUAGAGUUUCAGUUCUGCAAGAUGAAGAGUUCUGGAGAUGAAUGUGACUGCUGGGAAUGGUUACACAGCACUGCGAAGUAAGACUCAGCGAGAGAGAUGAAGUGAAUUGUUCACGGACAUCCAGAUAUUGAGAGAAGAAGCUCUACUGAGACAGACUGUUUUGUCCACAGCCCAUUUCUCGUGUACGUCGCCUCCAGCAGGGUCGUUCCCUCCUUACCAUCUGGCGUCAUGUUCUUCUUGAGUGUCUGCCCGGAGUUGUUUAAAUCUCUGGGUGGUUACCGCACUUUCGGGGAUCCUGGGGGCCUGUGCAGAGUCUGGGCGGGGCGGGGGGCUGUGGUUGUGUGCUGGGUUCCCCACUUCGUUUCCUCUCACUUGUGCCCCCCAAGCCGCCCUGACCACAGUCCGCAGAGCCCCCAGUCCAGCCUGGGUGAGCACGUUCACCAGCAAAGGAGACCGAGGUUGGGGCCCAGAGGAAAAGUGCUCGCAAAAGUGAGCUUGCUCUUGGGUCUGCAGGUCCCACCUCUGCAGGAGCAAGAGAGCACAUGCGAUGGCACCAGAAAGCUCCAGGGGGAGGAAUCCAUCCUGGGUCAAGAAACCCCUGACCAGAGGCCUCUCCCUGGAGGACCCCGGCAGAGGCACAAGAGUCCCGGGACAGAGCAGAUCCUAGAGUGGCUGUUUAUUUCCCAGGAGCAGCCGAAAGCGAAGAAGACCUGGGGACCAUUGUCAUUCAUGGAUGUGUUUGUGGACUUUACCUGGGAGGAGUGGCAGCUGCUGGACCCAGCUCAGAAGCACCUGUACAGGAGUGUGAUGUUGGAGAACUAUAGCAACCUGGUGUCCCUGGGGUAUCAACACACCAAACCAAAUAUCAUUUUCCAGUUGGAACAAGAAGAGCUGUGGAUGAUGCAAAUUCCAAGUGAGGGCCAUAUGGACGAAGUCUGGGAAAUUGAUGGUCAUAUGGAAUGGCAUAAGGAAAAUCAAGGCAAGCUAAGAAGUAUGUCAAAAGGCUAUCAGUGUACUGCAUUUGGAAAACUAUGUCUUCUUAGUACAGAUUAUGUUUCUUCAAGACAAAAACUUCAUAAAUGUGUCACAAAUGGAAAGAGUUUGAAAUAUAGUACAGAUUUCGGUAAUAAUUUUUCCAGAAAGAAUCCUAAUGGGUUUCAUGCACAUAGGGAAUCAUCCUUCCAUUCUAAACAUGAGCAAGCUGUUAUUGGGAUAAAAUACUGUGAAAGUAAUAAAUCUGGAAAAACUGCCAACAGAAAGUCACAGCUCAUAUGCCAGCAAAUACAUAUGGGAGGAAAGCCCUUUGAAUGCAGUUACUGUGGGAAGGCCUUCAGUAGCAAGUCAUACCUUGUGGUGCAUCAGCGAACUCAUGCAAAAGAAAAACCCUACAAAUGUAAUGGAUGUGGGAAAGACUUCAGCAGCAAGUCCUACCUCAUUGUUCAUCAGAGAGUUCACACAGGAGAGAAACUACAUGAAUGCAGUGUUUGUCAGAAAACUUUCAGUUUCAAUUCACAACUUGUUAUACAUCAGAGAAUUCACACGCGGGAGAAUCCCUAUGAAUGCUGUGAAUGUGGGAAAGUCUUCAGUAGGAAAGACCAGCUUGUUUCACACCAGAGAACUCAUUCAGGACAGAAACCCUAUGGGUGUCAUGACUGUGGGAAAGCUUUUGGUUUGAAAUCACAACUCAUUAUACAUCAAAGAAUUCACACAGGGGAGAAACCCUAUGAAUGCAGUGAUUGUCGGAAAGCUUUUAAUACAAAGUCUAACCUCAUGGUACAUCAGAGAACCCACACGGGGGAGAAACCCUAUGGUUGUAGUGAAUGUGGGAAAGCCUUUACUUUCAAGUCACAACUCAUUGUACAUCAGGGAGCACACACUGGGGUAAAACCCUAUGCAUGUAAUCAGUGUGGAAAAGCGUUCAGUUUGAAGUCACAACUCAUUGUACAUCAGAGAAGUCACACAGGAGUGAAACCCUAUGGAUGCAUUGAAUGUGGGAAAGCUUUUAGGAGCAAGUCCUACCUCAUCAUACAUAUGAGGACUCACACAGGAGAGAAACCACAUGAGUGCAGUGAAUGCGGGAAAUCCUUCAGUUUCAAUUCACAACUUAUUGUACAUCAGAGAAUUCACACGGGGGAGAAUCCGUAUGAAUGCAGUGAAUGUGGAAAAGCCUUCAGUCGGAAAUACCAGCUCAUUUCACACCAGAGAACUCAUGCAGGGGAGAAGCCCUAUGAAUGCAGUGACUGUGGGAAAACUUUUGGUUUGAAGUCACAGCUCGUGAUACAUCAGAGAACUCAUACAGGAGAGAAACCCUUUGAAUGCAGUGAAUGUCAGAAAGCCUUUAACACAAAGUCGAAUCUUAUUGUUCAUCAGAGAACCCACACAGGAGAGAAACCCUAUGGUUGUAGUGAAUGUGGGAAAUCCUUUACUUUCAAGUCACAGCUUAUUGUACAUCAGGGAGCACACACUGGGGUGAAACCCUAUGGGUGUAAUCAGUGUGGAAAAGCCUUCAGUUUGAAGUCACAGCUCAUUGUACAUCAGAGAAGUCACACAGGGUUGAAACCCUAUGGAUGCAUUGAAUGUGGGAAAGCUUUUAGGAGCAAGUCCUACCUCAUCAUACAUAUGAGGACUCACACAGGAGAGAAACCACAUGAAUGCAGUGAAUGCGGGAAAUCCUUCAGUUUCAAUUCACAACUUAUUGUACAUCAGAGAAUUCACACGGGGGAGAAUCCGUAUGAAUGCAGUGAAUGUGGGAAAGCCUUUAAUAGAAAAGAUCAGCUCAUCUCACAUCAGCGAACUCAUGCUGGGGAAAAACCUUAUGGGUGCAGUGAGUGUGGGAAAGCCUUUAGUAGCAAGUCAUACCUCAUUAUACACAUGAGAACUCAUUCUGGAGAGAAACCAUAUGAAUGCCACAAAUGCGGGAAAGCCUUCAUUUGGAAGUCACUACUCAUUGUACACGAGCGCACUCAUACAGGGGAAAACCCUUAUAAAUGCAGUCAAUGUGAGAAGUCCUUCAGUGGAAAAUUACGGCUCAUUGUACAUCAGAGAAUGCACACAAGAGAGAAGCCCUAUGAAUGCAACGAAUGUGAAAAAGCCUUCAUUAGGAAGUCUCAGCUCAUUGUACAUCAGAGGACUCAUUCAGGGGAGAAACCCUAUGGAUGCAGUGAAUGUGGAAAAACCUUCUCUCAGAAAUCAAUUCUCAGUGCACAUCAGAGGACUCAUACAGGAGAGAAACCCUGUAAGUGCAGUGAAUGUGGGAAGGCCUUUUGUUGGAAGUCACAGCUCAUUAUGCAUCAGAGAACUCACACAGAUGAGAAACAUACUGGUGAAGUAAAUGUAAGAAACUUUCUCUCAAAAGUCAAGUCACAGGAAUUCCCAGAAAAUUUGUACAGGAGAGAAACUCUGUAAAUGGAAUCAUCUCAUUGUACACCAUGUAUAUGUGGCAUGUGGAACGCUGUUUUUUAUACACACAAAAAAUAUCAGUACAUGUGCACAAGGGACUCUAUGAAUUCAGUGAACCCUAUGAAAGUUCUUAGCAGGAAGUCUUGUAAGUUUGUGCAGGUGAGGAACAUUAUGAAUGAAAUGAAUGUCAGCCGCAGCCAUUUUUUUAUAUGCUAACAUCCACAAAGAGGAAAUUCCAUAAUGCAAAUGAAUAUAGAAUACAGUCCUUUGAAAUUCAUAGUUUAUUAAGAAUUAGGAUUUUAAUGAGAGAAAACAUAAAUGAAUGAAUUGCAGGUAUCAUAAGCUCAUACCUUGGAGAAACCAUGCUAUAAGUUAGGGAAAUUCUUCAUCUAGAAGGACAAACUUCUAGUAAAAAAAAAAAAAAAAUUUGAAUGAAUGAAGUUCUAUGAAUAUUUCAGAUGGGGUAAAGCCUCAGCAGGAAGGUUUACUUACUAUUAUUUUGAUUCAUUUGGAAAAAAAUAAUUUCCUUUACAAAUUAAGGGAAAUUAUGUUCCAAAUGUUCCAAACGUUUAGGAAACGAUUGGAGAAAGUAUUCAACUGUCAAUGAUAGGUAUGUUCAUAGUAGAACAUAAAGAUUUUUUAAUCUGUGUAAAUAAAUGUAAUAAUCAGGAUAAGAAUAAGGAUGACAUCAUAAGACCUGCAGGGAUAUUUAGGUGUUAUCUUCGUUUCUGUACUAUAAAAUAUGUUUUGUGUAGUUUUGCAUAUUCUUGUGAAUGCCACAUUUGGUAGAUAAAUUAGCUAGAUGACAAUACCAUUUUCUAGGGGUUUCUACUCUGCAUAGAGACAUUCUUAUUUAAAAAUACGACUUCUUACUAGAAUAAUAUGGCAUUAAAAUGCAUUUCCAUACUUUAAACCUUUUAUUUUGUACCCUUUGUAAAUGGUCCUGAAAGCUACCUCUUUAGUUAUAUAAUCAAUAUAGUGCAAUAUAGUUUCAUGUGAUUGUGUAUCUGCAAUCUGUUCUACCUUCUCUGGUUAGAACACCUUGAUUUCCUUUAAGAGAAUUCACAGUGUAUGCAGUCAUGAUGGGAUCAUCAUUCAAGGUGCCCUGCCAGGAGUUGGCUGAGAGAGUUCAGAAUAUAAAUUUUUAAUGGACUCCUUAGUACAGAAAAUCAACCUUAGCUUUUGUUCUCAGGUAGCAUCUUACUGCUAGUAUUAAUUAGUUCCUUCUAUAUAGAUUACACAGAAUAGCUUUAGUUAUUGUCCCUUUUUAAUCCUAGUUCACUUCUCUGUUAAUUUGAACUAUCUUGUAUCCUCUUAGUACAUUUAAGUGAUACCUUUAAGUGAUGCUGCUGAAAUGUGUAUGUAUAGCUAUAGAUUCAGGAUGGUGAAAAGUCAUUCUACCAGUUGCUUACUUACAAAGUCAGUUUUUUUCACAGCCUCACCAAUUACCUUAUGUGAAUGAGCAUUAAUCUGAAAAUUAGGUUACGCUAUCUUGGAGGAAUAUGAGGAUUCAAAACUGCAAAUAUUUCUGAAACAACCACUACUUUGUGCUCUUUACUUCAGUGGGGAAUCCCAUCUCUUACCCAAUGAAACUGCAUCUUCCUUGAAGGACGCAGUCAAUGAUUUCUGAAUCCCAAGUCCUUAUGUGUUCAGCUCAUUAUUAUUAUCCAAUGUCAAUAGACCUGGGGUGAAGAAUGAUGAUUAACAGAAGGGAAGAGAAGGCUUGCAUAAGGAAAGAAUUUCAGAUAUCUGCUACAGUCUAUCCCAUAAACCUGGAAAAUAUGAAUAUGUAUUUUGUCAUUGAUGUUCCAAGGAAGAUAUAUACACAAAAUAAAGAAUAAACACAUAUUCUGUUUCCUACUAUCCAGGGUCAAUUAGAUUUUAAAGGUUCUGUAUUGUGUGAUGCAAAUCCACAUUCAGCCUCUCCCAGUAGAAGCCAGAGAUGUCAGCAUAAUGUUGAAGGUAUAAAUCAAAUACUGUGUGAAAGGAUAAUGAUGGAUUGGGUCUGAUUUUAAAUGAAAUGGAAAAUUUUCCAGAUAAAUGAAACUUAACAAAAAUCAGUAGAUCAGCAACCAGUAAAAAACAAUAGGAAAGUUAAAAAUUGAAUUUCUGGCUUGAAAAUCUACCUAGUUCCUCUAACUCUGCCCCAGCCCCAGAAAAGAAAGAGGUUCCAGAGACUUUCAGUAAUAGUUGAUAAUUUUCAGGAAAGUUAAAGGAAAGAUAAUUCUAACAUUUUACAAUAUUUCACAGGAAGUAGACAUUUUGGGGGGAAAUGACAAAGUCAUUUGUGAACAUAGAUUUAAAAAUUCUAAAUGGAAUUAUAGCAAAAAUGCAUCUAGUAAUGUAGAGUUUUUAUUUUUUUAAGUCAUGACAUUAUUAAGUGUAGCAGACUGUUAGUAGUGAAUCCAAUAUUUCUUUAUUACCAGCAGUAUCAUUGUAUUUUUCAUAAUGGUGAUGUGCUCAGUUAAAAAGCUGCAUUUUUCCAUUCUUUUUGUAGCUAAGUGUGAUCCUGCUGCUAAUUCUGAGUAAUGAAAUGGACAUAGAAGUUACCGAGAGGGAUAAUGGGAAGGUUUUUCAAAAGGAAAACAAGUGGGGAAAGCCCCCUAGUGUGCUUUCAUCUUUUCUUUUUAAUAUGCAACAUGCUGGAUGUUUGCAGACUCAGCAGCCAUCUUAGAGCCUGAAUUCCUCUUGAGGGUGGAAGCUGUCUGCUUGAGUGCAGUAGAGAGAUAAGAGUGAUGUGGCUCUCUGGUAAUGAUGGAGCUGCUGUGCCAGCCCUAGACCACCAAGUCUGGGCAUAUUUUUACACAAAAGAGAGAUGAACUGUCUUGUUCAUGGCAUCUUUUCUUUUUUCGUUGGGAGGAGAGUUGGUUCUGUUAUGUGCACCUGAACCUGAUCCUAAUUAAAACUCAUUAGGGUGUUUGGAAGAUUUAAUAUUAAAAAUUCUUUUUGUAAAAUUAAUCACACUACCAGAAAGAAGCCAUAUGAGUAUCUCAGUAUGUGUAGAUAAAUCAUUUGAUGGGCUAUAAUACCCAUAGAUUAUUUUAAAAUGUUAUUAAAUUAGAGAUAGAAAUUAACUCCUUUAACUUUGCAAGGAGUAUGUUCCAAAAACUGACAAAUGUCAUAUUUAAUGAUAAAACAGUAAAUGUAUACCUUUAAAUUAAGAAAAAGAAUGCCCAUCAAUUUUAUUGAGCAAUAUAAUGACAGUUCUAGCCAAUAUGUGAGAACAAAGUUGUAAGGAAUUGGGGUUUGGGGCAGAAACAAAAAUCGUAUUGUUUGCACAUGUGAUUGUCUAUUUAGAAAAACCAAAAUAAACUACAGGCAAAUAUUUAAACUACAGGCUGUAAGGCAAGGAGUUGUUUCGCAUAGCUCUGAGAGCUGGCAGCUUGGCUGUGAGCACAAGCAAAUCUCUACAAUGUCUCCAUGCUCAGAUUCCAGGCCCUGCUGAGGGAAACAUUCUGAUUUGCCCUCAAAAUAUCUGAAGGCAGUUUUGCACUAACUCAACCAAAAGCUUCAACCAAGCUCAGUCAGUUGAAAUACAGAUCAGAUUGAUUCAGCCCCACCUUAUCUCCCAGCCUAAGAGCUGUCAUUAGAAAAUAUGUACCCUUUUCUGGAAGUAAAUAUAUAUUCAAAGAGCAAAGAAAAUUAUCAGGAAUAUAUAGGUACCUUAUAUAAUGAAAAGCAUCAUUUUGCCAAAAAGACAAUCCUAAAUGUGCAUGCACUUAACAAGAAAGCUUCAAAAUCAUGCAAAAACAGAGGUGAAAUGAGAAAUAUACUCUACCAUUUUAGUUGGACACUUCAACAGUUAUUUCUCAGUAACAUAAGUUGGAGACCAAAAAUCAGCAAGGCUAUAGAAGCACUGAAUAAUGCCAUCAAUAAACUAGACCUGGUAGACAUGUCUAGAAUAUCCAACAGCAGAGUAUGUAUUCUUUUCAAUUACAUGUGAAGCAUUCAUCAAUACAGGUCAUGUACUAAGUCAUUAAUCUUAACAUUUUUUAAAUAAUUGAAACCUUUCAAAAUUUCUUCCAUCUAUAGUGCAGUUUAACAAGAAACCAAUUGCAACAAGAACAGAAAAAUCAACAAACACUUGGAAAUUAAGCAGCACAAUUCUAAGUAAUUCAUGGCUCCAAGAAAUUUCAAGAAAAAUAUGGGAAAUAUUUUGAAUUAUUAUAUACAACAUGUACAGAUUAAAAUAUAACAUAUCAAAUUUUUUGAGAUGCAGAAAAAGCAGUGUAUAGAGGGAAAUUAAUGGCACUAAAUACUUACAUUAGAAAAGAAUAAAGGUCUCACAUCAAUAAUCUAAAGUCCUACCUUAAGGAACUAGGAAAAUAAGAAUAAAGCCCAGUGUAAAUAGGAAUGAAAUAGUAAGGAUAAGAUCAGAAACCAGUGAAACUAAAACAGUGGAAGGGGUAAGCAACACAAAACAAAUUGACAACUUUGAUGGACUAAAUUCUUGAAAGACACAAACCACCAAAGCUUAAUAUGAAAUGGGUAACCUGAAUAGUGCUACAUUUAUUAAAGAAAUUAAAUUCAUAGUUAAAAUUCUCCCAAGAAAGAAAAAUCCAGGCUCAGAUCAUUUCACUGGUGAUUUCUAUCAAACAUUUAAGAAAGAAGUAAUAGCCAUUCUAUACUAACUCUUCAAGAAAAUAGAUGACAAAUACUUCUUAACCGAUUUUAUGAAACCAGUGUCACACUGAUUAAAAGAAAAAACUACAAUUUCUUAAAAAACUACAAAUGUUCUUCAUGAACAUAGAUGUAAAAAGCCUCAAUAUUAGUUAAUUAAAUCCAGUAAUAUAUAAAAGGGUAACACAUGAAGGCAAAUUUGAGUUUAUCUUGGGAAUACAAAGCUGAGGCUGACUCAAUAGUCAAAAUCCAAUCACUAAUUCAUACCUGACCAACUAAAAAAUAAAAAUCAUAUGGUCACAUCAACAGGUGUAGUAAAAGCAUUUGUUCAAAUUCCACAGCACUCAUGAUAAAAAAAACCUGAGAAAACUGGGAAUAGGAAGUAGCUUCCUCAAACUAAUAAAGCACAUCUGAAAAAUGUCUACAGCAGGGAUCCCCAACCCCCAGGGGGCACCACAGUACUAGUACUGGUCUGCGGCAUGUUAGGAACUGGACCACACAACAAGAGGUGAGUAGCAGGCGAGUGAGCGUGGCUUCAUCUGCUGCUCCCCAUCACUCCCCAUCAAUCGCAUUACCUCCUGAAGCAUCCCCCCCGCCCCCUGGUCCAUGGAAAAAUUGUCAUGCAUGGAACUGGUCCCUGUUGCCAAAAAGGUUGGGGACCGCUGGUCUACAAUUAAUGUCAUAAUGGUGAAAGAGUGAAUAGCUUCCCUUAAGAUUGAGGACAAGUCAAUUAUAUCCACUCUCACCACUCUAUUUCAGCAUUGUACUGGAAGACUUAGCUGACUGCAUAAGGCAAGAAAAAGAAAUUUAAAAGAUACAGAUUGGAAAGAAAGAAUGACAACUAUUCAGAGACAGCAUGACUGCCUUCACUCAAACUCCAUUUAAAACUUUACACACACACUAAAAAAGCCACCAUAACAAGUCAAUUUAGCAAGACAGCAAAAUAUAAAACCAACAUUCAAAAAUCAGUUCUAUUUUUACAUACUUGCAAUAUAAAAUGGAAAAUUAGGGUUAAAAUGCACAGCUAUUUAUGAUAGCACCAAAAACCAUGGAAUAGUUAAAUGUGAGUGACAUGAAAUGUAUGCUGAGAACAACAAUGAAGAAGGGAAUAAUAAUGACCUGGACAAUGGGAGGAGGUGCCCUGUUAAUGGAUUGGAAGAUUCAAUGUCGUUAAAGUGUCAGUGUUCUCCACACGGAUUUUUAGACUCAAUCCCAUUCCAAUAAAAUUCCCAGGAAGAUUUUCUGUGAAAACUGACAAACUGAUUCUAAAAUUUAUGUGGAAUAGCAAAGGAACUAGAAUACUCACAAUUUUGAAAAGGAAAAACAAAGUUGCAAGACAUAUACUCUUUGAUUUCCAGGCCUGUCAUUAAGCUACAACAGCUAUGACAGAGUGGUAUUGUGAAAGGACAGACAUACAGAUUAGUGAAACAGAAGAGACUCCUGACUAAAACUACACACUACAUAGUGAACCGAUUUUUGUCAAAAUUACAAAAUCAAUUCAUUGGAAAGAGAAUAGUCUUUACAAAGAAAAUGGUGCUGAAACACUUGCACAUCUGUUUGAGAAAAAUAUGUGUCUUGGUCUAUACUUACACCAUAUACAAAAAUUAAUUUUUUGAGGAAUAUACUAGAGGUUGAGCUUCCAGCUAAAGGGCUGAUGGUGAGCAUUUAAUAUAUUUAAUUUUACAUCUAAGACUAAAAUGAGGGUUGAGCAAAGAUGAAGAAUACUAUAUAAAGAUAUUUUCUGGUAAAGUAAGAAUAUGAAGUGAGCAUAAGAAGAAAGAGGGUUGGGGGAAGUAAGAUACUGCCAUUGAUAUUAGGAGGAAAGCAAAGGAUACCACUUUAACUCUUAGGCUGAUAAUAACAGAUGGAGAUUCAGGGCACUAUAAGAAGAUAUAAAAGUAACAACUGGAACAAUAUGAAGCCUAAAUUACAAAGAAAUUAUUUGAAAGAACAAAGAACCACACAGAAGAAAAAAGUAAAUAUAAAUAGGUUACACUGAAAUGAUGGAGGGGGCCGGAGAAAAACCACUUAUGGCAGGUGAAUUCCAACUGAUAAAUGUAGAAGAAAUGAUGAAAUUAGAAAAUUGUCAUUAGACAGCCACUAUAGUAAAGAUUGUUUCAGGCAGGAAUUAAUACUAAAACUUGUAAGCAAAAGUAUUAUGAGGAACAAAUAUUAGUCUCAAAGCUCAGAUACUUCUUAAUUACAAAAAUAGUAAUGUUAGCUUGAGAAAUUUCAGAAAUUAGGAGAUAUUUUUACAUAAAUGAUGGUAAAAUACAAUGGUAAAAAGUGAAGGAAAAUGUGUAGUUUUAAUGUAAUAAGAAAAAGGUUGAAAACCAAUUAUCUAGCCUUCUAUUUCAGGAAGCCACAAAAGAAAAGCAAAUUAAACUCAGAGAAAAUAGCAGGAAGGCAAUAAUGGAGAGCAGAAAUUGAUUAAAUAGGAACCAAAUGUACAAAAGAGAAAUUGCCACUGAAAGUUGAUUCUUUGAUUAAUAAAAUUCACUUCUGAUCAAGACAAAGCAAGACAGGGAAGCAGCCGCAUAGCACAGGGAGAUCAGCUCGGUGCUUUGUGACCACCUAGAGGGGUGGGAUAGGGAGGAUGGGAGGGAGAUGCAAGAGGGCGAUAUGGGGAUAUAUGUAUAUGUAUAGCUGAUGCACUUUGAUAUAAAGCAGAAGCUAACACACCAUUGUAAAGCAAUUUUACUCCAAUAAAGAUGUUAAAAUAAAAUACUGGGAAAAAAAAGAAAAAGCAAGAAAGAGGAAAAAAAAUACAUUGCCAGUAUCCAAUAUGAAAUGGGAUAUCACAACAGAUUUUACAUGAAAGUAAAUAAAGUAAACGUAAAAGAAGGUUAUGUAAUAGGCAAACACAUUUGACAGUUUAGAUAGUAAGGACAAAUUCCUUAGAAAUCACAACUUAAAUUCGAUAAAAUAAGAAAUAAAAAAACAAAUCAGUCCUAAAUCUAUUGAAGAAAUUGAAUCCAAAAUUAAAAACCUUUCCACAAAGAAAGCUUGAAGUCUAGAUGUCUUCCCUAGUGAAUUCUUCCGAAAUGUAAAGAAGAAAUAAUUCCAAUUCUAUAAAAUUUUCCAGGGAAUAGAAAAAGUAAGAGAAUGCUUCCCAAUACUUUUUUUGAGACCUGCAUAACUUUGGUGCCAAAAUUCAACAAACACACUAGAAAAAAAGAAAAUGUAGACAUUUAUUUCUCAUGAACAGAGAUGCAAAAAUCCUAAACAAUGAAUUAACAGAUGGAAUCUAGUGAUAUAUAAAAAUUAUAUCAUGAUCAAGUAUGGUUUAUUGUAUCCAUGCAAGGAUGGUUUAAUGUUACAAAAACAAACAAACCCAAAAAACAGGGGAUUUCCCUGGUGGUCCAGUGGUUAAGACUCCACGCUUCCAGUGUAGGGGGCACGGGUUUGAUCCCUGGUCAGGGAACUAAGAUCCCACAUGCUGCGUGGUGCAGCUAAAACAAACAAACAAACAAACAACCCACACACACUGAGAUCCAUCACAGUUACAGAAUAAGGGAGAAAAACCAACCCGAGACGCAGAAUAAAAGUAAGUGAUGAAAUUAAACAGGUAUUUAUAGCAAAAGCUCUUAAAUCUAGUAAUAGAGAGGAACUCCUUAAUCUGAUAAAGCAUAUUUACAAAAGAAAUCUAUCACAGACACUUCAUGUUGCAGACACAUCAUGAUUUCAUUUCAGGUGAAAUAAUGCUCUCUCCUUGCAUAUAAGAAUAGAAAAAAUUACACUAUUACUUCUUUAAUUCACCAUUGGAAAGAAAGAAAGAAAACUUAUCCAUUCCUAUACAAUAUGUUUAUGUACUUAGAAAACCAAAAAAAAAAACCCCUGAAGAUAAA